GACGCUGUUCGUGCAGUUUGAUGGUGCGGACGACACGAGCAGGUGAGAUCAAGAAAGUUGGGAGGGCAGUGAAGUGCAAUGCUGCGGAAAUGGUGUGCAGCGGAUGGGCGUGUCUGGAUUGCGAGGACACUCGUGCGAGCUCGUUGCUACAGUGGCCUGCAUUCUCUUCAGGCGACACGAGCCACUGUCGUCAUUAAAGACGGUCCAAGACUAUCAGGAUAUUCGUUUGGGCAUGAGUCGUCAAUUGCUGGAGAAAUCGUGUUUAACACAGGACUCGUUGGGUAUCCGGAGGCUUUGACUGAUCCAAGUUAUCGCGGGCAGAUCUUAACUCUUACGUAUCCAAUUGUUGGGAAUUAUGGUGUACCAGACACACUCGAGGUUGACGAGCACGGACUUUUUCUCAACGUGGAGUCACAUCGAGUUCAGGUGAGUGGUUUGGUUGUGCAGGACUACUCAGACCAGCAUAGUCACUGGAGUUCCACCAAGUCGCUUUCUCAGUGGCUACGAGAUGAGAAGGUACCUGCUGUGUAUGGUGUUGAUACACGGAUGUUGACGAAGAUUGUGAGAGAUCGGGGAACUGUUCUUGGUAAGAUUGAGUUUGAUGGGCAACCGGUUGAAUUUCAUGAUCCAAACAUUCAUAAUCUUUGUGAUGCGGUGUCAACGAAGGAAGUCAUUGUCUACGGCAAAGGCAAUCCGCACAAAAUUAUUGCUAUUGACUGCGGCAUCAAAAACCACAUUCUAAGACAUCUAGUCAAGCGAGGUGCAGAGGUGCAUCUUGUACCUUGGGAUUUCGACAUCAGUGGUGAGAGCUACGAUGGCUUGUUUGUAUCAAAUGGUCCUGGAGACCCAUCCUUGUGUGGUAAAACUAUUGAAAACAUUAGACAGGCUAUGUGUCAUCCAUCUGUGAGUCCCGUGUUUGGGAUUUGCAUGGGAAAUCAACUGGUGAGCUUGGCGGCUGGUGCAAAGUCAUACAAACUACCACUUGGCAAUAGAGGUCACAAUCAGCCAGUUUUCAAUCUACUAACAAAUCGUGCUUUCAUCACAUCUCAAAAUCACGGCUUUGCCAUCGACAACAAAACAUUACCUGAAGGUUGGUCACCUCUCUUUAUCAACGCAAACGAUGGAACAAAUGAAGGCAUCAUGCACAACACCAGACCCAUCUUCACUGCCCAGUUUCACCCUGAGGCCAUGGGGGGUCCAACAGACACAGAGUUUCUGUUUGACUUGUUUAUGGACAUGGUACGAGGUAAGGAGACAACCGUGAAGUCUGCGAUGCCGAUGCCACGGCCGGCACCAGGAAGAGUUGAUGUUUCUAAGGUGUUGGUCCUUGGAUCUGGUGGACUAUCUAUUGGUCAGGCUGGCGAGUUUGAUUACUCUGGAUCGCAGGCAAUUAAAGCUUUGAAAGAGGAGAAUGUGAAGACAGUGUUGAUGAAUCCAAACAUUGCAUCCGUGCAGACGAAUUAUGAUGGAGAAAAGCAGGCAGACGCAGUUUACUUCCUACCGGUAACGGCCAAGUUCGUUGAAGAAGUGAUCAAAAAAGAGAAGCCUGAUGGCAUUCUUUUGUCAAUGGGUGGUCAAACGGCUCUUAAUUGUGGUGUUGAACUGUACCAGAAAGGCAUCCUACAAAAACACAACGUGAAGGUACUCGGAACACAAAUCGAGUCAGUCAUAGCCACAGAAGAUCGCGAAUUGUUUGCCAACAAACUAAAAGCAAUCAACGAGAAACUGGCAGAGAGCAUGGCCGUCGAAUCGGUGGAGGAUGCACACAAAGCUGCUGCGACUAUUGGCUACCCGGUUAUGAUUCGUUCAGCGUUUGCACUCGGUGGUCUUGGCUCUGGUAUAGCAAACAACAAGACACGAUUGACAGACAUGGCUAACAGGGCGUUUGCCACGACAAAACAGAUUUUGAUUGAGAAGGUACUAAGUGGGUGGAAAGAAAUUGAGUAUGAAGUUGUUCGGGAUGUGGCCGAUAAUUGUGUGACGGUGUGCAAUAUGGAGAACUUUGAUCCAUUGGGAGUUCACACAGGUGACUCUCUCGUCGUGGCUCCUAGUCAGACGUUGUCUAAUAGAGAAUAUCACAUGCUGAGAGAGACGGCAUUGAAGGUUGUUCGCAGUUUGGGUAUUGUUGGAGAGUGCAAUAUCCAGUAUGCUCUUGACCCUGAGUCAAUGGAUUACUGCAUCAUUGAAGUAAACGCUCGUUUGUCUCGAAGCUCAGCUCUUGCAUCCAAAGCAACAGGGUACCCACUUGCAUUUAUUGCUGCCAAACUCGCUCUUGGUAUUCACCUUACUGACAUCAAGAACUCAACGACUCAGUCAACUACUGCAUGUUUUGAGCCAAGUCUUGAUUACAUUGUUACCAAGAUCCCAAGGUGGGAUUUAGAUCGAUUUCAUGGAACAACAAACGAAAUUGGCAGCUCAAUGAAAAGUGUCGGCGAGGUGAUGGCGAUUGGUCGCACAUUUGAGGAAAGUCUUCAGAAGGCAAUUCGCAUGUUGCAUCCUUCGUUGCUUGGUUUCUCCUCAAAACGAUUAGUCACCGCCAUUGCUCCAGAGUCUGUGGAUGAUUCUGAGCUUUACAGACAGCUACGAAUUCCAUCAAACAAUCGUAUUUAUUACAUUGCAGAGGCAUUGAAUCGCGGUUAUUCUAUUGAUUCAAUCAACGAGGCAACAAAUAUCGAUCGCUGGUUUCUCUACAAGUUAAAGAACAUCUCGGAAAUCGAGCAUUCACUUUCAAAUCUUUCACUCUAUGACAUUCCAUUCGAUUUGCUUGUGACUGCCAAAGAACGUGGAUUUUCGGAUUGUCAUAUUGGCUCUCUUGUUGGAAUGAGUGAGGAUGACGUGAGAGCACACAGAAGGGAAUUAGAGAUCCAACCUUGUGUGAAACAGAUUGAUACGAUGGCUGCCGAGUAUCCAGCAAAGACAAACUAUUUGUAUGUCACUUACAAUGGCAGGGAAAAUGAUCUCAAAUUUGACGACCAUGGAGUAAUGGUGUUGGGCUGUGGUCCAUAUCACAUUGGAAGUAGCGUUGAAUUUGAUUGGUGUGGCGUGUCAUGCAUCAGGACUCUCAGAAAUCUGGGCAAAAAGACAGUUGUUAUCAAUCAUAAUCCCGAGACUGUGAGUACGGACUACGAUGAGUGUGAUCGUCUUUACUUUGAGGAAUUGUCAUUGGAGAGAGUGUUGGACAUUUACAAACAAGAGGGCUGUUCGGGUGUCAUUGUGUCUGUUGGUGGUCAGAUUCCUAACAAUUUAGCGUUGCCGUUGUUUGAACGAGAGGUAAAUAUACUGGGAACAUCACCACUUAUGAUCGAUCGUGCCGAAGACAGAGCCAAGUUCUCGAAGGUGUUGGACUCCUUAGGAGUUGGUCAAGCACCGUGGACAGCUGUCUCAUCAAUGGAAGAAGCGUUGCAAUUUGCAAAUCGUGUUGGAUUUCCUUGUCUUCUUCGACCCUCAUAUGUUCUCAGUGGUUCUGCUAUGAAUGUGGCUUACGAUACAGACGACAUGUACGGCUUUCUCAAUCAAGCAAUGGACGUGUCAAGGGAACAUCCUGUUGUAAUUACACGAUUUAUUGAAGGAGCUAGAGAGAUUGAGAUGGACUGUGUGGCACGAAAUGGAACGGUAGUGAAUCACGCAAUAUCGGAACACGUUGAGAAUGCUGGUGUGCAUUCGGGUGAUGCAACUCUCAUGUUACCACCACAGACAAUUGACGAGGCAGGGAUACAGAUGGUGAUUGAUGCAACUACAAAAAUCGUGUCCGAAUUUCAGAUAUCUGGACCUUGCAACAUCCAAUUCUUAUACAAAAAUGGCAAUCUGAUGGUAAUUGAGUGCAAUCUUCGAGCAUCACGAUCCUUUCCAUUUGUGUCGAAAACCAUAAAGUCUGAUCUAAUUGCUACUGCAACGAAGAUUAUGGUUGAUGCUCCAAUGAAGGAUCAAAGGCUUUAUCCACUGGGAAGCCCAAUUCAACCAAGAGGAUACGUAGCAAUAAAGGCACCCAUGUUUUCAUGGCCUCGACUUCACGACGCCGAUCCAGUUCUAAGAUGUGAGAUGGCAUCAACCGGAGAGGUUGCUUGCUUUGGUCACACUGUUUACGAUGCGUUUCUAAAAGCGUUACUUUCCACUGGAUUUCGAUUGCCUGAGGAAGGAAGCAAAAUAUUAUUUGGUGUUCAGCCGGAAUUUUGGCUGAAGUUUCUUCCAGUUGCUCAAACGUUGAAUGACAUGGGAUUUCAUUUGCUUGCGACUGAAAGAACUGCUGAGUUUCUUUUGUCUCAUGGAGUUUGUGUUGAGGCGGUGGAUUGGCCGAGUGCUCCAACUGGUGGCCUUCCUAGUGCAUUGAGGCUUAUUCAAGAGAAGGCAGUUGAUCUUGUAGUCAACCUUCCCAACAACAACACUCGACGAGUUCGUGACAAUUUCCUCAUUCGACGAACAGCCAUUGACUCGGGUGUCUCCCUCCUAACAAAUUUUGAAGUGACACAGAUGUUUGUCGAAGCUUUACAGAAGCAGAAAAGUUUGUCAGCCAUGACGAUAUUUGAUUACGGAUCUGGAGACAGUGCACGCUAGGCAUUUGGUCAUAGAAGAUGAGAACGAUUUUGGUUCUAUCACAUGAAUUGAUGUUAUUGAUAUUAAUAAUUUUUAUUACACGA